CUCAAGAAAUAAACAAGUUCCAGGCAGCACCAGCAUCCCUCCCCUGCACCCCCAUAGCCGAAGGGUUGAGGCGGUAGCUGCGGCGCAGGUAUGGCACACGGUCUCCCUACGACCCCUCACCCCAUGCAGCCGCUGCUCCCCCUUCACCCAGGCAAAGUGAAGAGUCAGCAACUUCCCAGCGCCCGCUAAAACGCUCAGCAGCCGAGGAAGCGCAGAGCGCAGGCGCUGACAAGGACUGGGUGUUACGGGGCAUCCUGGGAAAUGUAGUUCGCACACUGCUGCCUGCCGAAGGGGGCCCUUGGACCCCAGCCGCCAGCUGCACUACCAGUCCCGGAAUGCCCCGCGCGACGUUGCGAGCCGCCCCAGUUGAAGCGGGUGGCGGCGGAGGGGACCCAAAAAAACAAAACACAAACAAACACAAAAAACAAAAAACCACACCGCAACCCAAAACAAGGAAAUGGUGCAGGGAGGGGGUUCCGGGCGCUGGGGGCGCUGAUCCCGCCGCGCCCCCCUCCCCCAUGGGUGAGCCAUGGACUACGAGUUCAAAUCCAAGCUGGCGGCCGAGCGCGAGCGGGUGGAGGAUCUGUUCGAGUACGAGGGCUGCAAAGUGGGGAGAGGCACCUACGGGCAUGUCUACAAAGCGCGGCGCAAGGACGGCAAAGAUAAUAGUGAUUUUGCUGUCAAGGAACGUGGGGGGUUGGAUGGGACAGGAGUCCCGGGCGCUAAGUGCCGCCAAACAGCUCUUUUACGAGAAUUGAAGCACCCCAAUGUGAUUGCAUUACAGAAGGUUUUCCUUUCUCACAGUGAUAGAAAGGUUUGGCUGCUGUUUGAUUAUGCCGAACAUGAUUUGUGGCAUAUUAUCAAGUUUCACCGUGCCUCAAAAGCAAAUAAAAAGCCCAUGCAGUUGCCAAGAUCUAUGGUUAAAUCACUACUCUACCAGAUCCUUGAUGGAAUCCAUUACCUCCAUGCAAACUGGGUGCUUCACAGGGACCUGAAACCAGCGAACAUUCUGGUAAUGGGAGAAGGUGCUGAAAGAGGAAGAGUCAAAAUCGCUGACAUGGGUUUUGCAAGAUUGUUCAAUUCACCUCUGAAACCUUUAGCAGAUUUGGAUCCAGUUGUGGUGACAUUCUGGUAUAGAGCUCCAGAACUGUUACUUGGUGCCAGACAUUACACAAAAGCAAUUGAUAUAUGGGCAAUUGGGUGUAUAUUUGCUGAGCUAUUGACUUCAGAACCUAUUUUUCACUGUCGUCAGGAAGACAUCAAAACGAGCAAUCCUUUUCAUCAUGAUCAGCUAGACCGCAUUUUUAGUGUAAUGGGAUUCCCAGCAGAUAAAGACUGGGAAGAUAUAAGGAAGAUGCCAGAAUAUCCCACACUUCAAAAAGACUUUAGGAGAACAACAUAUGCCAAUAGUAGCCUCAUAAAAUACAUGGAGAAACACAAAGUCAAGCCUGACAGCAAAGUUUUCCUUUUGCUUCAAAAACUUCUUACCAUGGAUCCUACAAAGAGAAUUACCUCAGAGCAGGCUUUGCAGGAUCCCUAUUUCCAGGAGGAUCCACUGCCUACGUCAGAUGUAUUUGCUGGCUGCCAGAUUCCUUAUCCAAAACGAGAAUUCCUCAAUGAGGAUGAACCUGAAGAAAAAGGAGAUAAGAAUCAACAGCAACAGAAUCAACAUCAGCAACAAACAGCACCUCAGCAGCAACCGCAAGCAGCACCUCAGCAACAGCAGCAGCAACAGCAAAACAGUACCCAGACAAAUGGGACUGCAGGAGGAGGUGGAGCAGGAGGAGGAGGCACUGGGGCAGGACUUCAGCACAGCCAGGACUCCAGCCUCAAUCAGGUGCCUCCAAAUAAGAAACCACGCAUAGGGCCUUCAGGCACUAACUCAGGCGGGCCUGUCAUGCCUUCAGAUUAUCAGCACUCCAGUUCACGCCUGAGUUACCAAAGCAACAUUCAGGGAUCUUCUCAGUCCCAGAGUACAAUGGGCUAUUCCACAUCAUCUCAACAGAGCUCUCAGUAUCAUCAGUCUCAUCAGUCUCAUAGGUACUGAGACCUAAUAGACUGCGCUUAGAAAGGAAUGGACUAAAAGUCAAAAGACUCCAGCAAUAUGAAGUUCCUAACAAUGAGAAGAACCAAAAAUGCAAACUGUGAUACAGAUUUAAAGUUCGCAAUUAUAAAAGGAAAACUUUAUUUACUGAAGAUUUUUUUUUCAAUGACUCUGUUCCUUCUUUAUUGCCAUAAAGGAGAUUCUUGUGAAGUGCCCCCCGCCCUCCCGCACUUCCCUCGCAUGUGUUCCAUUGUGGUAACUCUAAUGAAACCGUCUGAUCUGAACCCAGCACUUAACUUCUUUAAUCUUUGGAAUUUUUGAAGGAUUCCUGGUGCACCUUUCUCAUGCUGUAGUGAUCGCCAUAAAUCUAUCUUUUCAAAUCUCUUUAAUGGGAUUUUAAAGUUUUAAAAUCUUGAACUCCGAGGCUUUCAAGCUUGUAUAUAGUUAGUUUUAUACUAGGCAAACCAGUUUAGCUAUACAGGUAUAAUGCACCUUUUAAAAGCACUAUGUUUUUUUCACAAGAUAUUACUGUUUUCCUCAUGGAUGUCAAGAACAGCAAAUUUUACUGUUCCAGAGUAUUUUACUAUUCUGUUUGUAUUAGUCUAGUUUUCAGGCGACGUCUUAGGGGGGGAAAAAAAACAAAAAAAUACCAACCCAAGUCUCUGCAGCAGCUAAUGUGCUUCAUGGUACUGGACUGUACACCAAACAGAAGAUUGUGAAUGUUUCCUAAAUCUUUCAUGUUGAAUCCCAUACAUAUUAUGACCAUGUUCUGAGUAGUGUUGAAUUAAGCAUUAUUUUAAACUAAAGCAUGAUACUUACAUGAAAAUGAGAUGCUUUCGGAGCGCCAUUGGAACAGAGAAAUGGAAUGCAAUGGAACGUCUUCUCUGGUUGGGCACCCAAAAUAGCCAGGAAAAUAUAUUUAGUGCCCUAUGAUCUCAGCAGAAGAGAGAAUGUGGUUGAGGACUUAUACUAGUCCUUGUUUAAAAAAACAAAACUAAACAAAACAAAAAACCACUUCUUUAAUGUGUGUGGGAGCUCUAUAUAUCUGGCUUCUCUGAUGCAGUCUCCCUUUGUCAGUUUCCCCAAAUCAAUUAUCUAAGUAUAAAGAUGACAAAAAUGUAAAGGAUUAUAAAAUAAAAACAAAUAAUUGUCCAUUUUUAUAUAAAAUCAUCAAAUUUAAGAGAACUUAUUGUAUGUUUUGAAGAGCAUGUUGAAAAUUGUCUUCAUUUUUCAUGUUUAAUAACGCAAAUUCUUUAUUCUUCACAUUGCUGUGAUUAAUCCCGAUUGGUUGCACUGAAAUGUUUCUUUUUCCCAAGAGCAAACACGUUGUGAUUGUGCCUAAGGACCAUAAGUGGAUGGGUUACUAGCAGUCUAUCCCAGGUAAAUAAUUAGAGCUUGCAAGCAUAAUUGGAGGAUCAUUAUCCAACUUUCAGCGCCACAGGUAUUCAGAGACACAUAAUGUAUAAUGUGGAGCAGCUCCAUUUUCCGUCUGUGUUUAGAAAUAAGGCUGAUGAAUUUGAUUGCACUAAAACUGGAAAGACAUUCACGUACUUUAGAAUGUUCUUCGCUGUAUGAGCAGCACCAGUCUUUUUUAAUUGAUUGCUGGAGAAGAGUCAAGAAAGGAGCAAAUUAUGUUUAAGCAAUGAUAUUGCGGACAUUUACACUACACAGUGUGAUAUCAUGGUUAGUUGUGUUCUAUCCUGAAUCCAUGCAAGACUUUAGACAUAAACACUAUACAUUCCACACCAAAAUUGUGAUAGAAGCUAGGCAGGUGGUAGAUCUGUUUGCUCUGAGGAGAAUUUUUUUUGUCCCAGUUAGAGUAAUAAAUAUUUCCAUUGAGAGUGAGCUCCCAGUCACCUUAAAUGCUUUUUUCCUCUCACAAAAAUGUUUUGCUUUUAUAACCAGUUGGAAACCUGGUUUGGCCACACCAGCUGCCACAAGACUUUGCUCCGUUUGCCGAUGACACCAGGCUUCUCUGGAAAGUGAUUGAAGAUAGAAUGGGAAAGAAGUGAUAAAAAUGAGAUGAAGCAAUUUGAAGGAAAAUAUAAAUUAGGACAAAACCAUCUCCUAUUGGAUACUUUCCACCUUUAUUCUUUGUGAUACUACAUGGCCUGUGCUUCUGCGUAACUUAGUUGGCAGGAACUGAUUUUAAUUGUUAGUAAAUUUUUUUACCUGCUUGCAAUAUAUCUGGGCUCGAAAGAUGCAAGUCCCCACCUCUUAAUGUUGUCAGUGGGAGUCCCAUGUCUGUCUGAAGGAGAAUUUUGCCCUGCCCUACAACAUUUAUUGGAUAUUCUUCUGACUGGCUUCUAGUUUUCUGGAUACCAGGCUCUGGUCAUUGU